AAUCGGAGGGCGAGAUUUGAACUAUUUCGCCGUCCCGCUCACGGAGUUACUCGCCGUUAACUCUUUUCUUUGAAAAGGGCGCUCGCUUUCGUUCAAUCUCUCUCUCUCUCUCUAAACCCUCGCUCGCUCUCUCUCUCUCUCUCUCUAGACCCUAGAGCUCUACCUUUCUCUCUCCUCAUCCGUUGAGGCCGCCGUCGCAUGCGCCCAAGCUCGGGUCUCUCCGGCGGUUCCGGAUCGCCGGGAGGAGUUCGGAGCUCCGAUUAGCGGCGACGGCGUUAGGCAGGUUGUACGAAGUGAACAUAUAAAAGUGUGGUUUAAGCUUUAGUGGCAAUGAAGAAGGAAACAUCUGAAAAUUCAGUACUUGCUGGAUGUGAAGCACCUUCGGGCCGAAUAACACGGGCUAGGGCUGCUGCUUGGCGCGCAAGUGGUUCCGUGCUCCAGUUGAAACCUCCUCUUGUACAGCUGGACAAGGAGCAAGUACUACGGGGGAAGAAAAAGAGAGAUGAGAACAGUUGUGCUGCUCCUAAUGCAGCUUUUCAGCACAAGAAGAGGGCAGUACUCCGGGACGUGACGAAUACUUGCUGUGCGAAUUCAUUUAAGGACUGCAUCAAUGUGAGCAAAAUACAGGCUAAGGUCUCUCAGAAGAUUAAAUCCGGUCCUUCCAAGCCUAAACUAUGUUCUAGCAAGAAGGUUUUCAAUCAAGCCCCAUCCAUUUCUGUGAAAAGUGCAGUGAUUCUUGAAAACAAGAAGGAUAAACAGAUAAAGGAGGUGGUGAUGUUGGAGACACAAGAUGCUGAUUUGUCGUUCAGUAUGAAAGAAAAUCUCUCAUCCCCACAAAAUGCAGAGAGUCUUAUGGAAGGGGAGAGCACCUGUGGUACAACUUUGCUUGAAGAAUAUAUCUCCAGAGAUGAAUUCUGCAAGGAUCCUGAGGGUUUAUCUGAGUUGGAAUAUAUAGAUAUUGAUGCUGACCAUACAAAUCCUCAAAUGUGCUGCUUAUAUUCAUCUGAUAUAUAUUCUAAUCUACAUGCUGCCGAGAUCCUCAGAAGACCUUGUUCCAACUUCAUGGAAACAGUGCAGCGAGAUAUCACUCAUAGCAUGCGGGGUAUUCUAAUUGAUUGGCUUGUCGAGGUUUCUGAUGAAUAUGGCCUUGUUCCAGACACUUUAUAUCUUGCUGUUAACAUCAUUGAUCGGUUUCUCUCCCAAAAUUAUAUUGAAAGACAAAGGCUGCAACUACUGGGCAUUACUUCCAUGUUAAUUGCAUCAAAGUAUGAAGAAAUUAUCAGUCCCCGUAUAGAGGAAUUUUGCUUUAUUACAGAUAACACAUACACCAAAGGAGAGGUACUUAAAAUGGAAAUUCAAGUGCUGAGAUUUUUGGGCUUUCAACUCUCUAUACCUACUGUAAAAACAUUUCUCAGGAGAUAUAUUCGAGCAGCAUAUACAUCAUACAAGGUUCCUCCUCAAGCCUUGAGUCAUCUGGCAAACUAUUUAGCAGAGCUGACAUUGAUUGAAUAUAGCUUCUUAAAGUUUCUUCCUUCAAUCAUAGCUGCAUCUGCCGUAUUCCUUGCAAAAUGGACACUGCAUCAAUCUGACCAUCCAUGGAAUAGCACCCUGGAGCACUAUACCUCUUAUAAAGCUUCAGAACUUAAAGCAACGGUUCUUGCAAUGCAGGAGUUACAAUUGAACUCGAACAAUUGUCCCCUCAAUGCGAUUCGUGAGAAGUACAAACAAUCAAAGUUCGAGUCUGUGGCUUCGAUGACAUCUCCGAAGCUUCUCCAAUCACUAUUUGACUGAUUAUAUAUACUAGGACUGUCCUUUCGAUCUACUGAGGAUGUUAACAGAGGGUUAGCAGAAAACAACCUUGUGACUGUCUAUCUCAUUUCUUUCUUCAUUUCUUUCAUAUCUUCGUUUUUAUGGUGGUGGGGUGAUUCUACCAUCUGUUCUUUUUUCCCUUUAAAGUUUUAUCUGUGUAACGCAAAAAUAUAGGGGAGGUGAUAACAGGUCGACUGAUGCUUGGCCAAAUGGCAUAUUUAUUUCAAGCAUUUUGAUGUAAAGCAGUGGCUGUGCUUUUGCCUUAGUGUCCUUUUUUGGUAGGAAUGUAACUAUUUCAAUGAUAAUUUACAUGAUCAAAUUUCAAAAUUU